UACAUUCUUUUCCGGUCCGUCAUUUUAGCUGAAUACCUUGUUCUUCAUCUCCCGUGAACAUCGCAUCGCUCGCUUGAUUAUUGUACAAAUAACGAAGUAUCGGUAUUUUACCGCUUAUUUUUACUGUAUCACCAGCAAAUAUUACAUUUACAAAUAUGGACCAAAUGGAAGAUCCCGCUGGAUCGGAUAAUAAACGAGCUAAAGAAGGAAAAAGAAGUUGAAAAUGUUAAGUGAGGACUUCAGAGAGGACAAGCUUUCAGCAGCAGCCGAAUCCAUCGCUGUAUCCAUACUCUAAACAUCAGUUGAAGGAGCUGGGUUAUCCAGAGUCCUCUCACCUUGGUCUGAGUCCAGUGUUGUCAUCACAGUUGAAUCAAUGGGUGGUAAUGAAGGAGGUGGGCGUGGAGGGGAACGGUGGAGCCUCUUUGGGGCACGGCCCAUCGUGCAGAAAUCACCCACUGACCCAGGGUCAGAGACCAACACACCUGGAGGAUUCACGCUGCAGUCAUACUUUGGAGUUCAGAAGUCUAAUACCAUGGAUGCCAUGAAGACUCAAGUAAACCUCGUGGUUGAAGAUCCCGGCAAUCUAAAAUCUCCCAAGAUCGAGAUGAGCGGCGAGGAGGGAAAGAAAACAUCAUGUCACAGACUCAGACACAGAGAUAUGAACAUUCUCACACCGUCUGGCUUCUGAACUCCAGAGUCUUCAACUCUCUUAAGCUUCCUCGAUUUUUAUACAAUAUAAAAUCCCAUUAAUGCACAAAUCGACAUGUUACUUUUAAAAACACACGCUCAUUUCAUCUACCCGUGAAAGAUUUACCCCUUAAAUUAGAUAGGAGACACAAGAGUCUCUUUUGUUGGUGCCAACCAAUCUUGAUAGUUUAAUUUGGCCCUUCCCAGUAACAUAUGUACUGUUUUUCACAUUUUGAAUUGAAUUUUAUUGCAACAUACUUGCUCGCUUUUAUUCACGGACCUUACAAUGUACAGAUGUAAAUUUAUGGUGAUCAGAAUAUGCAGAUUUACCAGUAAGAUGCUGGAUUUUUUUUAUAGUAAAAACAUUCAUGUCUGACAGUCAGUAGUCUGAUUUUCGUGGACCAUCU